CACACGCAGCGAACGUCACGCGUAGGAGCGCUUUCUGAUGUCGUAGGAAUCGUGCGCCUCGGAUGUUUGGUGCAUGCUGAGUUGAAAGCAGUGCUGUGCCGAUAUAUUGUAGGCCGAGUAGUCACAUUUAUUGUGAAAAAAUGGAAGGCCAGAAGGACGCACCUCCUCCUAAGCAGCAGCCGAUGAUAUACAUUUGUGGAGAAUGUCACACGGAAAAUGAAAUAAAAGCGAGAGAUCCAAUCAGGUGCAGAGAAUGUGGUUACAGAAUAAUGUACAAGAAAAGAACAAAACGAUUGGUUGUGUUUGAUGCUCGCUGACCUGGAUAAAAUUCAGUUACAUGUGUCUGACAUCUGCUCUACAUAUAUAUAUGAUUAAGUUACAUAUAUAUCAGAUUUUGUUAAUUAAUGAUAGUGUUCCUUGUUCUUGUGUAAAGCAAGGUAUUACAUGUUUUGUAAUAAAGAUUUUUAGAAUUUUGUUUUUGUAAACAUAA